AUGGAAUGUCGCGAGGAGCAUAAGAUGGUGUAUGCCACUUAUAUGCUGGGGGGAGAAGCAGAGGACUGGUGGAGAUUUACCAACUAUGUUGCAUUCCACGAGCUUAUAAAGUACUGGCCUCAUUUUCAAUAUGAGAAUGGAGAUGAAGAUCUAUGCGCCCAGUUUGAGAAUGGGCUGAGGCCCGAGAUACGAGCCGCAGUCAAUGUAUUUCAAGUGGCUGAUUUGCCAACAUUGUCUCAGUCAAGGGGGACUGCAUUCCGUGGAGGUAGUAGCAGUGGUUCUAAUCUUUCAAGAGGACUGUUGAGAUGUGGAGGACCCCAUCUAGUAAGGAAUCACAAUCACCAUCGGCUUAUGAGUGGGAGUGUAAGUGGGAGUAAUAGGCCUACUUCUAGAGCAAGCAGUGGGGAGAAGUUGAAUGUGCAAGGCAAUGUUUUUGCCAUGAGUGGAUCUAAGGCAUCCAAGUCUGAUGAACUGAUUAGAGAUAAAUGCAUUAUUAAUAGAUUCUGUGAUGUCUUAUUUGAUUCUGGUGCCACACAUUUCUUUGUUUCUAUGGAUUGUGUGAGUUGUGUUGGGUUACCAAUAUCUUCCUUGCGAUGUAAUGUUAUUGUGUCCACUCCUACAACUAAGCCUGUUGUAACCUCUUAUGUAUGCUUAGGCUGUUCUAUAACGGUUCAUGGUAGAAAUUUCUCUGUGGAUUUAAUCUGUUUACCGCUUUCUCAACUUGACGUUGUUUUGGGCAUGGAUUACCUGUUAUCCAAUCGUGUUAUACCAUCUAGAUGGACUUUUAAGCGUGUUACUGGCAGAGAGGUCACGACUGAUUCAGGUGAUCGUUACCUUGGGUUCGAUGAUGAUCUUAAUUCUGAAGAUCUGAUAGAAAUAGAAAGUUGGCAUGGAAUUGACUAG